GUUAUAUUGCUGCUUAUAUUCUGCUUCUUCCAAUUCAACAGCGCUUUUUUUUUUCUAUGAAAUAUGAAAGGUUGGAAAGAUGAAUGAAUGAAUGUUUCUAUUGAGGUGAAAACAUUACAACUUACCAAAAUAAACCUUUAUAGUAUAAUGUAAGUACUAUAACAGUAUUGUUUUUAGAUUCCUCUAAAUUUACAGUUGAUUUUAGAUUUAGAGGAAUGAUAAAAAUGUCUGUUUUAACUAAAAGAAAUAAAAUGCAGGUAUUUAUAGUUAAGAUAAUUGAGAGUCUACAAUUUGACAUCCGACAAGUGGAAAUAACAGGCCAGCUGAGUCUAACACUGAGUCUGUGACAGAUUAUCGUUGUUUUCAGUAGCCAAAUAAUAAACAUUAUGUUUAAUAAUAAUCUAAUCUGGUGAUGCCAAAACUCUCCAAAGCAUGAUUUAAACUUUUUUGUGAAAUUAGGUUUUGGUCUGUUUUGCUCUUAUAGUGGCACCGCACACCCACCACUCAGGAGACGGACGGCUUCCAGGUGAAGAGACCGGGAGACGUGAGCGUGCGCUGCACCCUGCUGCUGAUGCUGGACUACCAGCCUCCCCAGUUUAAGCUGGAUCUGCGCCUGGCGCGCCUGCUGGGCAUCCACACUCAGACUCGCUCCUGCAUCAUUCAGGCCCUCUGGCAGUACGUGAAAACCAACAAGCUGCAGGACUCGCAUGACAAAGAGUACAUUAACUGUGACAAGUACUUCCAACAGAUUUUCGACUGUCCUCGCCUGAAGUUCUCUGAGAUUCCUCAGCGCCUCACUAACCUCCUGCUACCGCCCGACCCCAUCGUCAUCAACCAUGUCAUCAGCGUUGACCCCAACGACCAGAAGAAGACGGCCUGCUACGACAUUGAUGUGGAGGUGGAAGACCCCCUCAAGAGCCAGAUGAGCAGCUUCCUCCUCUCCACCGCCAACCAACAGGAAAUCGCCUCCCUCGACAACAAGAUCCAUGAGACCAUCGAGUCCAUCAACCAACUGAAGAUCCAACGGGACUUCAUGCUCAGCUUCUCCAGAGAUCCCAAAGGCUACAUCCAAGACUGGCUCAAGUCCCAAAGCCGAGACCUCAAGUUGAUGACCGACGUGGUGGGGAACCCCGAGGAGGAGCGGAGGGCGGCGUUUUACCACGAACCCUGGUCCCAGGAGGCGGUCAGCCGCUACUUCUACUGCAAGAUCCAGCAGAGGAGACAGGAGCUGGAACAGGCCUUAGCAGUCCGCAACACCUAAAGCGGAAGGCCCUCCUGAAGUUCUGCCUCUGGAUUUUGAAGCUGUGUGCGUGUGUGUGUGUGCGUGUUUGGAUUUUUGUGAGUGUGUGUGUGAGGCCAGCAGUGAAGUCUAGAUCUUCAGCUGAACCUAAAGAAGUCCACAUUCAGUUUGUCAACAGUUUUGAAGCUAAAUAGGACUCAACAGCGGUUUGUCAGACCCAGAUAUGAAUGCACUUCCUGUUUGAAAAGACCAUGAAGCAAUCAUCGUUAGCAGCACUGUUGGCCCUCAGAGGCUCGGCUUUGUAAAUAUGUCCCGCAAAAACUGUCGACCAGCUGCUCACACACCUCCAUGUUUGUGCUCUGGAUGAGUCUAACCACGCACAUUUUUUUAUUUGUUCUCAUUUGAAUCCUAUUUUUUUAAGGGUUAAUUAAUAACACCAGCAAAAUAUGAGAUUACAGUUUUCUGGGUGGCUGCAGAUUAUAAAACACGAUGUGUUGGUUGCAUUCAUUGUUUCUCCACCAUGUUUAGUUUGCUUUAAAAAAAAGAGACUGACGAGCUAAAGUAUCACCAUGCUAUCAGCAGUUUGUGACAGAAGUUUACAUACACUCAUCACUGCCAUAAGUAUUAUAUUAACUUUGUUCCAUGAAUAGUUUUUAUGUUCAAUUCUCCUUGGUGAACUAAUCGUUUAACAACUUCAACUUUUAAAAAAACAAGAUUUGGGAAUUUUCAAGUUAAUAAAAUUUUAUCUAAUUCACAUGAGGGCAAAACUACACGUACAUGCUCUUAUAUAAACAUACAAACCUCUGAACAUCAUCAAUAAGUUGAUUAAUUUUUUUCUGGCUAAAUAUUUAACAAGUUUUCUUGGCAAAAUGCACACAAUUGGGUAUUGUUGUCCAGCACAGGACUGUGAUUCCAAACACACUUUAAAACUAAGGCUGGGAUUUUAAUUUUGCUUAAUUAAUGACUUUGAUUUUAAAAUGUUAACACAAUUAUUCCUUUUUUUUUUUUUUUUUUACACUCUGUUCCCAUGGGAACCUUUGUAUUUGUGCGUCUCUGGUACGCCUGUAAAUCCAACAUUGUCUACAAACAUCAGUGAUGGGUGGUAAUGCUGCUCUUGACCUAGUGGGAGUUAAUUUUUGCUUCAAAAAUAAUCUAAUACGAUGCUGGAAAAGAUUAUUGUGUCAAAGUUGUGCUAAAAGGAGCUAGCCUAUCAGCAAAGCCAUUAAAUCUUAAACUACCAUCUCAAUAUGUUACAACAGGACAGGCUUCCCCAAUGUCAAUAUUAGCGUCCACAUUUUCAAAGAAGCAUUUUUUUUUCUUAAAUUACAUAAAUAAGAGAUUCCUGACACACUUAAAAGUAUGGUAUGGGUAUAAUAUCACUUU